AUGCAUGGAAAUGGAUUAAUAAUGGAAGAAGUAAGAAACAUAGAAGAAUUAUUUAAAGUAAUUGAUAGUGGCAAUAACUGUAACAAUAAUUUUGAUCAGGAAUUUUUUCAAUUAAAAAAUUUAAUUGAUGCAUUACAAUUCGAAAAUGAAAAUCAAACAAAAUAUUAUCAUUAUUCAUCGAAAUAUUAUGGUGGUUCGAUAAAUCUUGGUUAG